CGGGUCAGGAACAAUCAGGCAGACAAGGUACCAAAGGAGCAGGCUGGAGAGUGGUCCAGGAAUAGCCGAGGUCAGGACAGGCAAAGUUCAUUAACAAUCAGGAUCAAGCAGAAUCAGGAAUCAGGCAGGAAGCAGACAGGAUGCAGGUACAGGGGCUCAUGGGAAACAUACACUAAGGCGCUGACUGAAGGUCUGGCCAUUCCUUAAAUACACCUCCUGCAAUCAGCCUCAGGUGAUGGCUGAUUGCAGGAGUGAGCUUCUGGUUGCUGAGAGCACCCUCUGGCCAGCCCUGGUACUGCAGCCCACAAGGCAGGUGAGUCCCACCACCAUUGGCGAGUCCAUUCCUGACACAUAAGGGAAAAAUGGAUUUCCAAAAAGGCCAUCUGGUUCAAUGUCUUUUGAACUCCUGGGAAG